UGUGGUUUUCAACCGACGCAGGCGCGUUCUCCCUUCAGUCACCCACCUAAAGAAACGCGUUUGGUUCGGUCUUGGACAUACUGCGACCGUUUCUCUCUCUUUUUGUUUGUUUGUAUCGUCUACAUUGUCUAGAUUUGGUCUUGGAGAUGGAUUUGGACUCCCUCAAAUAUGGAGACCUGCAGCAGCUCGCCAAAAGCGUUGGUUUGAAAGCUAACAUGAAGGCUGAGAAGUUGCUGAAGGCCCUGAAGCAGCACUUUGAGCAACAAGAGAGCUCAGAGAAUGCAAAUAAUGUUGAUGCUCAGGCAGAGGAUGAGGUCAAGUCCUCAAAUGUGACCAAGCGCCGCAGGAAGAGUGAAAGCAUGAAGAGGAAGCAUUCUGACCAGGGCAGUACAGACAAUGAGCCCAAAGUGGAAGUGAGCCCAGCCCAGGACAAUGCUGAGCUUCAUGAUGCAGAGCAGGGCAGAAGAAGCUCAAAAAGGAGAAAAGUGUCUUCAACUAAGGGCACAGAGACUCCGGCUGUAGCUGAGGAUCCCAAGGAGAGCAAAGCAGACGCAAAACCAAAGUCUGUUAAUGUUACUCAGCAGGCUGCUCAAGGUGUGGAAAAGAAGACUGCUGGCAGAAUUCCUCGUCAUGAGGGUCUGUUGAAGAAGACGAAGGCACCUCUGAGACCGACCACUCCUAACUUUAAGAAACUCCAUGAGGCACACUUCAAUAAGAUGGAGUCUAUCGACUCUUACGUACAGAGGAAAAACAAGCAGAUGGAUGCUCUCAGAAGCUCUGUUAAGGAACUAAAGGCACAAUCUGAAAACAGUGCAAAGAAACCUGGUGAUGCGAAGAUUCAGGCUAAGCCGCCUGCCAGUCGUGCAACAUUGUUUAGCCCGGGCCUACAGGAGAGGAAACCAACUUCAGAGAAACGCAGGUUCACCCCAAUCCUGGUCAACAGAUCUGCAAAAAAGAACAGUGUCCCCUUCAGGCCAGCUGUCCUUUCAGUCAACAAAAUCAAUGUCAGGUUUUCUGAGGCCACGCAGGACAAUGAGCACAAGCGUUCUUUGGUGAAGACUCCAGCUAGGAUGUCUCCUAUGGUUCCCUUCACUCCCACUCCUGGCAGGAAGUCUGAUGUUCGCACCAAACCAGAGAUUAACAAGAACGCUGCCGCAGUGAACAAAACUCCAGGAGUGACUCCCUUUGUCUUCAGUGGAACAACACCCACUCCAUCAACUAACAAGAAAAACGCAUUUGAUCUGAAAGCCAGCCUCUCUCGACCCCUCACCUACAAGCCUCACACAGGAAAGCUGAAGCCUUUUGUUGAAACUAAAGAAAACGCAGCCUUAAACAAGUCCCAGACAAUUCCAUCCCACCAGAAAAAUUAUAAACAGCACCAGGUGCCGACAAGGGAGGAACGGCGCAUUAAGCACACACAGGGCAGGAGGCAAAAGAAGGAAACGCUGCUUGAUGCCAGGCGUGGUCUUGUUAUGACUUAAGGCUUCAGUUUUUUGUUUUUCUGCUUUCACUCUGGAUACAUUUUUAACAUUGUUUGUCCUUUGUCUUUGUUUAAGAGCUAGUUUUUUUAGAUAUCCAGCCAUUUUCUUAAAAAGUUCUACAUCUUUUCUUUUAUGUAAAUAUGCAAGUUGUGGUAAAUGAAGAUGGUGAUAAAUGUCAAGGGGUGGGAGGGGAAAAAAAAAAGUAUGGUCCGGUGUAAAAUCUGCUUUUUAUUUGCUAUUAAAUGAUUUGUUUUGUA